AUGUCUGAAGAGUGGCACAAUGGAUUCUGGUCAUGCUCAUCUUGCGGUCUCUGCUGCGAGUCAUGCUGCUGCCCCUGUAUGGUCUUUGGCCGAACCCACGAGCGAAACAACGGCGUGCAAGAUCCCAGCAGCUGCAAUGGACAGUGCAUGGGCUUCGCCUUCUGCUGCUCAAUCGGUCUCCACUCCCUCUGCCUCUGUCUGGAACGAAGGAGUAUCCGAAAACAAUACAACAUCAAAGGAGGCUGUUGCGGCGACUUUUGGGGCUCAAUGUGCUGCCACACUAAUGUGUUGAUGCAGGCCGAGAGGGAGAGUCUUGUGAGGAAUACGCCCCAGGUGACGCAGCAGUAUAAGUCCGUUGGGGGGAUGUCGUAUGCGCCUCGUUCUUGA